AAUCUUUUCGAUCGAUUAAUUAAUUUCUGUAAAAAAAGUAAAAAAUAUAUUUAAGAUAACAUUUCUAUGAUUUUAAUGAAGUCUUUUUUUCAUCAGAUAUUUAUUAUUCUUGCUAUAAACCAUCAGAUUUUAAGUGCUUAGUUUCUUUCUAACAGAUCACUUCAAAAUCAAUAAGAAGUUAUAUUGUCUGAGUCAAAUUAUGGUGACUGCUACGACUUUACAACAGAUAAUCUUUAUGAAAAUAAAUGGACUCUUUUUUAAAUACCUAGCAAAUCUAUUAUAUUUUAUCCAGAUUGUGUUGGUAAAUGCGGACAAUUUGGAAGCAUUUUGGGUCCUUUUUCAAGCUCAAAUGGAUUAUAAAGGCUAAUAUAAAUUUCGAAACCACAUACUAAAGUUACAAUAGAGGCUGCAUUUGUUUAAAUUGAUGGAUGGAGUGUUGGAUAAUAAUUUGUAAUGAUAAUAGAUGGAUAAAUUGUUUACACUUGGGAGUAUUAUGGCGCAGAUAUUUUAGAUGUUAAUUAAUGUGAUGUAGUCUUGAAUGGAAUUUAGGACCAUAUGCAAGCUUUAAAAGUAACUGUACCUCACAGUUCAAAUACAAUUAAUAUCAGUGUAUACACAAUUGAUAGUAAUAGCGAGCUAGUUAAUAUGUGGGGUUUAAAAAAUUUUACUGUAUUGACUGACAUUUGUGAACCUGGAGUAAACUCUUGUUAAGAUAUAAGUCCUUUAAAAUAUAUUUUAAAUACAUAAAGCUUUAAUUAGCCAAUGAUCAAACCUAUUAUUUAAAUACAAUUCAAUCGACCCCUUACAUCUGGAAUUCUUAAUUCGGAUAUAAGUAUAUAAAUAGACUAAGUUGAUAGCCAAUUAUAUAACUAUACUGUGAGUUAAAUUGAUAACUAAUAUUAGACAUUCUAUAUAAAUUUUGAUUAAAUGAAUUUUUCAACUUAUUAUGGAUAAUUGAUGACUAUAACUAUAUUAAAGUAAGUCAAAGAUUAGAAUGGCAUGGCUUUAUAAUAACAAUCUGUACAAUCAAUAAUGCCAAGCUAUUACAAUUACCCAAUAUCAGAUAUAAAUAUGAUUUCAACAGUGAAAAAAAUUACACAAGGAUUCGCCACUACUAUAGUAGUUUCAACGGCAAUUUUGACAUUCGGAUUUGAUAAAUUCAACUGGUUGUUCUAUUCUACAGAUAUUGGAUAGAUUUUAUAUUUAUCUACUUUUAUAAAUGUAAAAUUCCCUCAAAAUGUGGAACAAGUUCUUUUUGAUGGUUGUUCAAUUUUUCAUCUUCAAGGUUUGACUGAAAUAUUUAAAUAAAUUAUUUCAAAUUCUACUAUUCAAUAGCAGUAACCUUACUUCUAACGAUUCUAAGAUUUAGGUAUCAAAUCAUUGUUUCUUUUAAAUGCAGGAAAUCUAGUUGUCUUUAUCAUAGUCUUUCUCAUAAUUUUUUCAAUUAUUUAGCUAUUGUCUUCAUUCAAUUUGAUUAAAAAUCAAAGAUUCAAAAGCUCACUCUAGUUUUAUCUUGAAAAGAAAGUAAAAUGGAGAUUAUUUUUCUCUUUGGCUUACUUUUUAUAUGCUUAGAUUCUCUUUGCUGCACUAAUAUAAAUAUUUACUUGGAGUGCAAAUUCUUUUUCUGAAAUAAUUUCCUAUAUUCUCUCUUUCAUCAGCAUACUAUUUGGAAUGCUAAUGCCUCUCGGAAUGUACAGACUUAUUUCUAAAAACAUGGCAAAAGUUCUUGACAAUUCUCUAGAUAAAACGUUUACACAAAAAAAUGGGAUUGCGUGGCAGGAUUUAAAAAAACCUGAAAAAAAUGGUUCUAAGAAGACAAUUUUUUUCCACUUCUUUUUACUCCUUAGAAGAAGCUUCUAUGCUUGCAUUGUGGUAUUCUUUCAGUUUAAUGCGAACCUUCAAAUUGCUUUACUUAAUAUCUGUAAUGUAUCUAUUAUUUUCGUUGUCAUUUUCUAAAUGCCUUUCACAAAAAGAAGAAGUAAUUAUAAAAUAAUAAUCACUGAAUUCGUCCUCGUAUGUGAAUAUAUGGUCAUCUAAAGCUACUAAAAUGAGUAAGAAAAUGAAUAAUCAAGGAUUAGCAGAGGAUGGAUAGUCGCAUUCGCUACAGUGUUUAUUGUAUUUUUACAAAUAUUUUUUCUUUUAAUUGAUGUGUUUGAACCUGUUGUAAGUUAUCUGAAAGUAUUCUAUAUUAAAUUGCAAGAAGCUAAAUUAUAAGAAGCACCAGUAGAUGUUGACUUAGAAAAAUAAAAGUUAAAGGUUGCUGAAGAAGAUGAGGAAUAAGUGAAAAUUAAAUAAUCUAAUCUGCUGAAUGAUUCAAAUCAUGAAAAACAUUAAAAUUAAAAGGUGAAAGUUCCCAUCAAUUAAAGCGAGAUAGCUUAAAAUAAUGUAUCAACACCAUAGAUUUUAAAUAGAAGUUCUUUUAAGAGGACAAGCGAAUUCAGCAACAGUAAGCUAUAGUAAAGUAAAUUAUUUAUAGGCACUGUAGCAAAAAGCGAAUCUCAGCUUAAAAUACCUGCUUUAAAAUAAACAGAUGGAGUGAUACCCUAAGUUUCCUUAAAUUUGUUAAGCAGUCCUCCAUCUUUAGCAAAUUAAAGUGAGUUGCUUGUCUCGAGCUAAAAAUACUUCGGAAGUAAUAGAAGUAUUAAAUUAAAAAACGCGUAACUACCUGCUAGUAGCACUUUACCUUCAAAUAUUAAUAGCAAUCCUCACAAUAAUCAUCAGGUGCUUAAUACAAGCAAUAAUAACGUAUCUAUUAACUAAUUUGAUUAAAAUUUGGAAAUUGUUCUGAAAAAUGACAAUAUAGAAAAUAUUAAAAGAACUGAUACUUAAUAAGAAUAAAAUAACAACCAAAUCAAAAAUACUCCUAAAAAGAUUUUGAAACACUAAUAAAGUAAUAAUAGUGUCAACUCUACAAGCUUUUAAUAGUUAGAUGGGAGCUAUUACAUGCCAUAAAUUUAAAACUAUGAUUAAAUAUCAACAAAAAUAUCAAAUAGAUAGACUAUCGCUGAGACUUUUAAUAAUAGCAAUUUAUUUAUUUAGUAAAAGCUAAGCUAUGAAGAUGAUAAUUCACUUAAUAAAUCAAAUUCUCCACACAAAAGCUCAUUAAGCUUCUAAGGUUUUAAAAUAAAGAGUGACUCUGAAAUCCCUUAGGUAAACAGAAGAGUAUCUAGGAAUCUGAGUCUAAAGGUGUAAUAACAAUUUAUUUCUCCAGAUACAUACAAGAGAAAUGCAACAGAAGAAACGGAAGAAGAGUAAGACGAUUAAUCUACCUUAAAGCCUCAUUUUUUCUCCAAAAUGGUUAGAAGCAAUUAAACUAUAUAGGAAUAACCAGGAGAAGAAAACGGAUCUAUAAUGGGUUAAAGCUAAGUACAGAUUAGAUCAAUUAAUGAAAGCCCUAUAGACAUCGCUUCUCUUUAACAAAAAAAAAUAUUUCCACUCCUUAGAAAUUUCCCUAGACAUUAAAGUAGAAUAAUCCAAAGAGAGUUUACGAACAUAGAAGAAGAGAAUGAAGAAUCAAAUUAAAAUUCUAAUUCUAUUAUAAUUCAUGACGGGAUCUCUUCAAGGGACAUUUAAUAUACAGGGGAGUUGACAAAUAAAAGUAAAAUAGCAUAAGAAGUCAUAAAAAAAUUCGGAUUUCCUUCUUCAGACGAAAAUUCACAAGUCAACAACGAAAACGAAAGCCCUAGAUAAGCCUUUACAAGAUUAAAUGAUAGAAAAAAGAGUCAGUUUGCUAAAUAUAAUAGUGAGAAUAGCAUUUAAGAUGAUGCCACAUAAGUUGGAAUAACUCCAUAAUAAUAAUCUUAAACCGAAAUAGGUGAACAAAAGACGAAUUAAAUAGAGUAAUAAGAAGUCAAGGAAGAAAGAUAAGACCAUUUAAGUGGAAUUUAAUAAGAUGUGAGCAUUUAAAGUGCAUAAGACAAUCCUACAAAACUUUAAGCAAACUGA